CCCCGAUCGCGGCGCUCUUGUUGUCGCCCACACCGGAAACGCUCGCCCGCCAUCUUGGCUCUUGUCCGCUAAGCGGUUCUCGCUGGGACGCGGCGGCGGCGGCGGCUCGAGGCUCUUUAGACGCUCGCGGUAAAACAAAAAAAAACAUUUACAACAACAACAACAAACGCAACAGCGACUUUAAUUGCUCCAACCACUUCGCCGGCCGUCGUUAAAAGUUGCUGGCGGAGUCGACGGGUAACGCCGCUGCUCGCUCGUUCGGUGUUGAGUGAAAAUGUUGAGCUGCUGUUUAGCGCAGCUUCGUGGGACCUUUUGACGCUCGGACAACGCCAGUGAUCCUGAACCUAAACGGCCUUACAAUAAAACAUUAAAAAAUCGCGACAGAGUAAAAAAAAAAACACACAGACCGAGAAAUCUUCCUCCCCCGUUAAAAAGCGAAACGCAACCGAGAGCAUUUUGCUCUUGCUCAAACAAUUCUUUGACCCCCGGUUAACUCGUACGGCUUUCAAAACGGACGGCGCAAUGGCCACCUCCUCGCUCCGGCGGCAGAUGAAGAACAUCGUCAACAACUUCUCGGAGGCCGAGGUGAAGGUGCGCGAGGCGACGUCCAAUGACCCGUGGGGUCCCUCGAGCUCCCUGAUGUCCGAGAUCGCCGACCUCACCUACAACGUGGUGGCCUUCUCGGAGAUCAUGAGCAUGAUCUGGAAGCGCCUCAACGACCACGGCAAGAACUGGCGUCACGUCUACAAGGCCCUGACGCUGCUCGACUACCUGAUCAAGACGGGCUCGGAGCGCGUGGCGCAGCAGUGCAAGGAGAACAUCUUCGCCAUCCAGACGCUCAAGGACUUCCAGUACGUAGACCGCGACGGCAAGGACCAGGGCGUGAACGUGCGCGAGAAGUCAAAGCAGCUGGUGGCGCUGCUGCGCGACGAGGACCGGCUGCGGGGCGAGCGUGAGCACGCGCUCAAGACCAAGGAGCGCUUGGCGCAAGGCGCCACGGGCAUGGGCAGCAACAACAAGGUGACGUUCGGCCGAGGAUCCAGCCAGCCCAACCUGUCCACGAGCUACUCGGACGAGUACGGCAAGGCGGGAGGAUCGCCGGCGUCGUACCACGGCUCCACAUCACACAUACCUUCAGACCUGGAGCAGGCCCGACCUCAGACGAGCGGCGAGGAGGAGCUCCAGUUGCAGCUGGCGCUCGCCAUGAGCCGAGAGGAGGCCGAACAGCCGACGGCCCCACGGGCCCCUCCCGCCAACGAUGAAGAGCUACAGCUGCAGCUUGCGCUGAGUAUGAGCAAAGAAGAGCAUGACAAGGAGGAGCGGAUGCGACGCGGGGAUGACCUGCGCUUGCAGAUGGCGCUCGAGGAGAGCAAGAGGGCCAAGCUCGCCGCCAAGAAGGAGGAGAGCUCCCUGCUGGACCUGGUGGACGCGUUUAGGCCGACCGUCCCUCAGCCCAGUGCUGAUCCGUGGGGCGUUACUCCUCCCCCACCGGCCCAGGCUGAUCCGUGGGGGGGGGUGGCUGCUGCCGGGGGCGCCGGCGGUGCACAGGCUGACCCCUGGCCAACCAUCGCGGGCAGGGCUGGCGUCCAGGCCGUGCCGGCGCCGGACCCUUGGCUCACGUCCCAGCCCAAGGCCGCCGACCCGUGGAGCGCGACAGGCGGCAUCGCCGGCGCCGGCAUCGGAGGGCCCUCGCCCACGCGCUCGGCGCACUCCGAUCCCUGGGGGCCCCCGCCCUCCAAGCCCUUGGCUGCUGCGGACCCGUGGGGGGUGGGCGGGGGGGGGACUCCGUUGCAGGCGAAGCCGGCCGACCCGUGGGGGUCGAUGCCCUCCCCCGCGUCGUCACAAUCAGGUGCCUUUGACCCUUUCACAGGGGUGAACGGGUCGGCCGGGGACGACCUCUCGGAAUUCGACAGCAUCCGCUCGUCGUCGCGAGGACACCGCGGCAUGGCAGGCGGCAUGGACCUGCUGGGCGGGGACGACUCGGGCAGCCGGAGCCCGGACGCCUUUGAGCUGUCGGGGCUGUCGAACUCGCUGUCGCAGCAAGGCAUGAUGGCGCCGCCGUCGUGCCGCAAGACCCCGGAGUCGUUCCUCGGGCCUAACGCGGCGCUCGUCAACCUGGACUCGCUCGUCAGCAAGUCGGCGCCGCCGCCAGUCCCGCAGGCCAAGAACCCCUUCUUGGGGGUGGCGCCGGCGGCGGCACCCUCCGCCUCUUCGUCCACCCCGUCGGCCACCAACCCGUUCCAGCUGAACCAGCCGCCGUCGCUCACGCUCAACCAGCUGCGCUCCAGCCCGGGGCUGCCCGCGCAGGCGUUUGCGGGCGGAGCCGUUCCCCUCGCGCCAAUGCCCCUCGUGGGCGGCCCGCCGCUGGGCGUCAUCGGCAUGGGCCCGUUGCCCAUCGGCAUGCCCGUGAUGCCGGGCAUGCCCGGCGCCCUGCCCAUGAUGCCGCCGGGCAUGAUGGGAAACGUGCCCCUCUCCAUCCCCGGCGUCGUGGGGACGUUGCCCCCGCAGCCUCUGGCGUGGGCCGGCGACGUCUCGUCGGCGCAGUCUGGCCAGCCCGGCAGCACCAACAACCCCUUCCUUUUGUGAGGGCCGUGGCGGUGGCGGCGGCGGCGGCGGCGAUGGUGGGCAAAGGAAGGGCGCUGGCGGUUGGGGUUUUGGCCGCACGUGGAGACUCGCGAGGGGGACUCUCGCGUGGCGCGCCAGCGAGCGGAAGGACCCCGCCGUGGCCACCGUCCCCCUGGCCCCCCCCAGCCUAGACGUAACUGACGCGACUGCGGCACGCACCGGGGGGGCGGGAGGGCGGUUCUGCCGGAGCUGCUCGACAAUGCUCGCGGACUCGGUGGCUUCCGAGUGCCACGAAGAGGAACACUCGACCCUCGGCACUGUGAAGGCAGCUGCUCCGGUUUCCCCCCCCACCCCCCCACACUACGUUGAUUUUUCUCCGUUUGCUCGCCCGCUCGCUCGUCGGCUGGCAAGUCGGUGAGUGAACGAGAGAGCGGGAUUGGUGCGUUUUCUGGCAACUUAAAGCAGAACACUGACUGCAUGCCCGCCCGCUCUAUUGCAACGGUAAAUGCAAUGGAUGUUAAUGUGAGUGGUGGCGGUAGCUGUGGUUGGUGUGUAGGGGCUGCACGGGAACCGUGGUGGCGAACCUUUGCGUCGAGGUACAAUUUGUGCAGUAACGUUAGGCGGCUGUGCUUUACCACUCUUCAUUGGCCGGUGUAGGUUUCGUUUAAAACAUUUUAUUUUGUGGGAGUACGUAGUUAUUAUUAUUAUUCCACCGCUGUUAUCAUUAAGGUCCGUAUGCAUUAUUAAUGGGAUUUUUAAUAUUCAUGGUUUUUUUUAAAUUGUAAAAAAAAAACUAAUAUUUUGCAAAACGACUAACUUCUGAUGAUACAGUACUGGGCUUAUUUCUUACAUGUUUAUUUUUUUUUUUGCCCCAUGCUCAUUUUUCCUUCGAAGGUGAGGCGUUCUCCGCCCGGAUUUUUCCUGGUUUUAGCAGUUGAAUAUUUAUCUUCUAUUAUAAUUUAUUGUGUAUCCCUGCAUGUGGUGACUGUAUUUCUCAACGCACACAGUACCCACGUCUCCGUCUGCCGCAUCGUCUGUGCAGCGACCCUCUGAAACGUUCACGUGUCCUCCGUCGGCCGCUCCGUCCAUUGGACUGUAUUUGCAUAAACCACUGUUGACCUACCGUCGGUCGUUUACCACCGUUAACGAACUCCACAUUAGUGCCAUUUUAAAAACGAUAGUAAUAGCCAGGACCGUUCUAGAUGAGCGUUAGGUUUGUAUUGGCGCGGCGGGUAGAGGUUUGUGCGAAUGGCUUUCUGGAGAGAAAAAAGGAAUUUCAUACCACAUUUUGCAAUUCCGUGUAUGUACACAUUAAUAUAAUUGCUUCUGUAUAAAUGUUAUUCCAAUAGUUUUGCUGGAAAAAGUGGGUGUAAAGAGAGUGUCCGGAGUGUUGUUAAGUGGUUUUCUUUUUUUGCUUCUUUGCUCAGUUUAAGACAUCGGAUUACCACCGCAGCGCGUGUUACAGCGUGACGAAUGACCCCGCGGUCUAGUCCGGAUCGCACCAGUGGGAGCAAGGGGGGGUGGCUGUUGAACAGGAAUCGUGUUCAUGAUGGAAUUGGAUCCCAGUGCAAGUUGACCCAGGCGAUUGGACUGCACACACACACACACAGCUGAUGAAGAGUCCACAGUCGACAACGUGUGGACGCUUUUUCCAUCGUUGCUCGCAACGGUGUCGACGCUGGGUAGCAGUGGGGUGGGGAUCGUGCCAAAAUUGCACGGGACCUAUUGGCUCCCGUGGGAAUUACAGCAACGUUAAGAAGGGUAAUCAAGUUGUGUUUAGUUAUUUUUUUUGGUUGUUUGGUUUUAUAUAAAUAGCUACCAUUAAUACGCCUUUGCCCAGGAGAGCCUCACCGAGUUUUAGUGAUGAAAAACGUUUAUUUCAGAAGGGAAUUUUGGCAAAUUACCGAGUGGUUUGUUUUAUAUGCUUCACCUGUAAAGUUGUGUGAUCACGAAAUUGUUUUACUGUAAUCAUUUUAUUUUUUCUAAGCGUUGGAUCCUAUCCCCCGUGUCAUUUGCGUACGUGUGCGCGCACGCGUGAGCGUUAAUGAGCAAAGAAAAAAAGGGAUGUCCUCCCGUAUCUCAAAACACUUUCUGUCAACCACUUGGUGACGAGACGAAUUGGCACUGGGCCUUGUCCGUGGCCUCCCUCUCCACCGGCUGGACGACACCACGACCCUCGUGGAUCGUUUGAACGAGCGCACCGCGCUCAAUCCCUACCCCCUCCAUCGUUACACUUUGAGUUGCUCGCUCGUUGCUUUGCGCACUUGGACACGCGUGGGUGCGGACCCGCUGUUGUUUCCGGGUGACCGCCGCGUGCCUCUGGUGGUGGCGGUGGUGGAUCAGCGGUUGGCGCGAAAUCUUGCCUAAGCGACAUCACCAAAUGCCAUUAACUUUUUUUUUUCGAAUAUUCGUGAGGUUUUCGCCCCGUGAGCUGACCGCCGUUCGCUUGCAUUGACCUGUCCGACCUGUAUCGCACGAACGUGCAACCACGAGGCGCCAAUAUUUGCACCCACGUCAACUGAAUGCCUCACCAAGUCUUUGUGACCCCCUCCCCAGGCAAGUGUGGAGUCACAUGUUUGGCCAAUUCCUUACAGUAUUUUGCACGUGGGAGGAAACUUGGGAAGUUCCAGGAGGAAAACCCGCACCGUACGAGGGGGAUGACGCGGACAAGUACACACAACAGGUUGCCGCAGAUGACAAUUUAAGAUUCGUUCGUACAAGUCCUGCCGUUUUCAUAACUGUAUGAAAGGGAAUGGAGUUGCGCUCACACUCAAGUUUAUUGGACGAGGGCGUCUGUCUCCUGACCCGUCGCCACAAGCGUUAGACAAUGCUCACCUUCGUCGGCAGUCUCGAGCCAUUCCACAUUACUAUGGUGGGGAAGCAGACAUUUUUUGAGUGUGGUCAUUAAAUUUGGCGGACAGAUGCAUACGACCAUCACGGACGAAUGGCACCAAUUAGCAUUGGGGCCCGGGCCAGAUAUUUAACUCGCUAGUAGUGCUUCAAGUGGCAAAAACAGGUAUUUUAAUGUGAUGACCAAACAACGUUUUGCACGACCACCUUCCAACGGAACCCCUCCAACGGAGCGGUGUGAGAUCAGCUCGCGCAGGAGCCUGAUGGAUUGUUGCAUAACUGAUUGUGGUGAUGACGAUGACGACUAUUGGUAAUGUUGUGACAUGGUGACUUUUAUUAAAAAUCAUAAAGAAAUUGAUACGCGUGGUGACGCGCACUGCACUGUGGACCCGGGCCCCAUCCGAGUUUCGAUUCCUGGCCGCAGCUUACAGCACAGGGCGAGCGAUGUAAGAAACCAAACGACAAUAAAACCUCCUGGGCUGGUCAAACAAGCUGGGUAGGCCGUCAGCCAGCAGUGGGAUUGACCGCGGUAUUUUGUGAGUGUUGCCACCUUUUGUGUGGUAGCCACGCGCUACAUCUGCUCCAUAACUCGUUGACUCAAAAUGUUUUUUUUUGCCAAAAAACGCGGUCAGCUCGCGGUCCACCCACCGCUCCGGGUUUACCAGUCUUGUUUCACAUCCAUCGUCAUCUGCUCGCCCUGCACGUCUCCCAUUGUGUUAUUCAUGUCCGAGGCGACACAGGUGCCGAUUCAAAUUUUAAGGGAACCGUAAUUAAUUUCAUUUUAACGAAAUAUCUCCAAUUGAAUCGUUGGCUCUCUUGGCGGCCACUUAAGUGGUGUGCAUUUUAGCAGGUGAUGACAACGUGAAUUCAAAGAAAAUUAUUUGGUGAUGAUGCGUUGGCUGUGUGCGUGUGUAAUGAGCACAAUACAAAUCAUAUAAUGCGUGACGUUUCGGGCAAUGAUUGCGUAUGAUGGCGAUACGUUCAAUGAGCUUGAAUGCCAACGCCGAGGCCUGCUUCGCCACAAGAGGGCUUCGGCAGAGUUUCGUGGAGUUUGUCUGGGCCAGAGUUUUGGUUGCGUGGCCCCAGUCGUAUACGACUGCGACUUGCCUUGAAACUCACAUUUACGAGCGAAAUGCACGCAUCGGCCUCGUUGGCGUUCCGAUGCGGUUCAUGGUACAAUGACCCUUCUCCAUAGCACACCAGAAGAAAGACCACUUGCCCGAAACGUCAGCUAUCCCCCCCCCCCCCCCGCAUUUAAGGCCACAGUAUUAGUGACGAAUGAGUGUGGUUUUUCGUGUGUGUGAAUAUGAAUUUGAGCGACGACGACUGGUUAACGCUGACGGCCGUACCGCGGGUGGUGGCGUGCGAGAGAUGGGGGCGAGCCAAACAAACAUCACCAACGAGCCGGAGCCCACCGCCGUGGCGAGGGCGCGCCCCCUUGUGGACACAGGCGGCACGGUUCGCCUCCCGCCUGCGGGUGGUACGGGCACACGUGGGCACGCCGUUCACGCGGCGGUCGAUUGGUUGGUUCGCCUUCGAAGCUGUCGCAUGAGAGGGCGUAGAUAACGCGCACCCUGGCGCAUUCACCUGUCCCGUUCACUUGGUGAAGACAUCUGGGCAUGAAAGGGUGCUCUUGUAUUGUGCACGAGUACAUACCCCCCCAAGCGAUGGAACGGGGUCCAUCGAUGGGACGGAGCAGAUUAAAUUAGCUCUACAGGUGCUAGGUGGAUUAUUGAUUGUAUCGCACUGUGAGUGAGAGGCCUUCAUCCAGCAGCGGGUUAACCGUGGCUGCUGGCCAUGAUGAUGAUGAUGGUGAAGGAGGUCGGCCCCGUUUUAAGCCUUUUUUGAAAUUGAGAUACGCGAAUUCCCCUGCUGUACGGGAUGCGUUUCUGCGCUGUAUAUUUUCUCUCGUUUAAACUUUUGCAUCCUGAACCAAUUUGAAACUAAGGUAAAUGUGCACACGUGCCCGCAACAAACACACUCGCACACAGCCGCCGAGGAGACCCUUAAGGCAGUGAAAAUAUGUUUUUUAAAACAGUGUCAUCGCGUAUGUAAAUACUAUGUAACCUUGCUUAUGUUGCAACAAUGCUAACUCUUACAUUAUUAUUAACACACCACACACCAACAGCGGUGAGAAUGCAUUUGGAUCCAUUCGCGGGGUUUACUUUGAUAACAAACAAAAAAUUACUAAAUGAUAAUUAUAACAAAACGGGAAGUUAAAUGAACAAGCAUAACGUUGUUUUUGAGGACGUUGUGACUGCCAUCGUCAAUGCAGAUCGACGAUAAUACAACAGGCGAUUUUGUUAUUAUUAUUUUCACUUCGGUUUUAAUUUUUAUUUUGCUACUUUUAUGAACAUCGAAUUCACUGUGGUAUGGAACUCUUUUCGUCACGCCGAUCCCAGCGAGUUUAUGGUAACCGAUGUAAUAAUAAGAACAUGUCGACGACGAAUGAUGAUGAUGAUGAUACUGGGUUGUCGCCUGAUGCAUUAGAAACUUAAAUAAAAAAAAAUACUCAACAGU